UAAGUACCUACUUCACGCUAUCGCUUAACUUCAAGCUUAUAACCUUUGUAUUUUGAUUUCUUUUUAGUUAUGAACGGUAAUGUUACAUAUUUUGAAAAGUAUGUAGUUGCACCUUGUCCUAGUCGAGAUUAUUAUGGCGUAAAAGUAUUUCAAAACAUAGUUACUCUAUGCUUGUGGAAAGUGUCUCAUGGACCUCAUCUGUCUCCUGUCAUUAAAGAAAUUAAAUUUAGCGAUUUCAACGAAGAUAAAUUGCUCAAGGACGAGAUUGGCCAUAUUUUUGGUCCAGCUGUCUUGGGAUACCUUGAACAAGUAACUUCGAAAGGCGCUAAUACUUUGUUAAAUUUACCAAGAGUGAUUAUUGAAAAACUAGUGAGAUACUUGGAUUUAACAGAUAUUUCGAAAUUGUUGUGUACAUCGCGUAUUAGCAGUGAGAUCUUCAAUACAAACUCUAUUUGGGAAAUCUUGUAUAAAAGCUCAAAAGAAAUCCCAGAGUUAUCAGAGAUGGAAAAAGAUUUGGGUGCGAGUCGAGGUUUUCGGAAACUUACGAAGGAUCAUCACCUUCGCAACGUGUCGAAGAAAAAUUUGAAAGAAAUAGAUGAAAAGUUACUAUACGCGAAAAAAAUGGAAAGAAAUGAUGCAAUACUGAGAUCAGCAAGUGUAAGCAUUCCGAAAACCACGAUGCGACGUAACGGCGAUAAAUCUUCUUCCAAUAAGAAAUACAGUAUUGAAAGCAACUCAAAACAAGUGCGAAAACCACUCAAGUCGUCGAUUAAAGACUUCAGCAAGAGUAAAAGCUUUGACUUACCAGCGCAACCGUCCAUAUUCAUAGACAGUCGAAAUUUUAGUGAAAAGCAAGGAGCAGACGAAGGUUACAAAAACACGAAAUUCACAGAGCAAGCAGUUGCGAAAGCUAAGAUCGAAAGAAAGGAUAACGAGUUGGCUAAGUUUCAGUUUAUUAACGAGAACGACGAUAAAACCGAAUUAGUGUUGCAGAAAAAUUACUUAAAAUCAGCGAUUGUGCAUUCGAAUUUGAGCGACAUCGAUUUGCAAGAUGCGACGAAUAAAAAGUAUGAAGUACCAAAAAGUCUCAGGAGCAUUUUAACAAAGCAAUCGUGUUACAACGAGGCAAGAAAUAAAACGCCAGAGCCGCGAACGUCGAAAAGUUCGAAGAAAAAGCUCUCGAAAUUAGGCGGUGCUUCCAACUUGAAGACUUUGACGAGCUCAGCAAAGAAGACUGAUGAUCUGGAAGAAAGCGGAAUGUCUUACUUGAUGAAGAAGUAUUUGGCAGCGAGCGACGAAGUGGCCAGAAAGUUCUCUGAAUGCGAGCGUUUGGCGCACUCGACGAAGAAUUCAGGCAUUCAAGUAGAUAUGAAAGAAAAAUCGGAACGAAAACUGCUGAAGUGUGCAGCGCCAGCAGCGAAACAAGCGCAAAGUCGGAGUGGCGGUGACGGCGCUAAUAUUUCAACCAAGCUGCAGAGAUCUUUUUAAAAAAGCUAAUGUUUUGGAAAAGUAUGCUGUUCGAAUUUUCGUCCUAAAUAUAAAAUUUUUAAUCUGCUCACUUCUAAA